AUGGCCACCGUCGACACCCUUCCCUUUCCUGCCUUCGCGGGCUCCAUCCCUUCCGCGGAUCGUGCUUCACUGUCAGGACUUUCGGACGUUGCCAUUCGCGAAUAUGUCGUCGCCAAGGCAGAGGAUUUCCCGGCGGAACUCCUCUCCGAGGUUCUGUCACACUGCUGGCACGACAUGCGCAGUGUCCGCCUCAUGCACGUCUGCCGUGUCUGGCGCGCGACAGCACUCAAAACCCCGCAACUGUGGGCAGACGCCGCCGCCGCUCCGGGCACCCAGCUCACAUUCAACAAGGCCAGGAUCGAGGCGCAGUGUCAAGACCGGGAGGAGGGCCGCAUCUCGUUUGCGGCUUCCGCGAUAAAACUGUCGUCUCCGACACCGCUGCGCCUUAAAAUCCAUUUUCUCCCCAAUACUCUAUCCCAGACACUCUCGUCACACAGCUCCCGACUCGUCGAUUUGUUGGUUCGCCUCCAAAGCGCCGCCCAGUUCAAGUCUCUGUGCGCACUUCUUGCCAACGGCGUACCCAACCCCACCGUCCUCGGCAUCGCGUUUCCCGGAUAUACAGGGAUGUACGGAGAGUGGCUGGCGCCGGGAACCAGAAGCCACUACGACGACAUCGACGAGCACGAUGACCACAGGAACCUUUCCAAGGAACUCACGAAAUGGAGCUCGGGUGUUCAAGGUCUGAUCGCGGACACUCCUCGUCUCCAGACCCUCAGAUGCGUUCCGAUAGAUCUCGUAUCUCACUUGCCCCACCAACACUCCGGACCUCAAGGCCUCAUGCGUCUCGAUCUGUGCAUGGAGAACAGGAGCAAUACCCGGCUCAGGCCGGACGAUGAAGCACCCGGGUGGGUGGCCAGCCCCGUCGACCUUCCAGCGCUGUGGACGUUGGUAUUCAACCUCAACGGCAACAUAAACACGGCACAGUACCUGGAUCUCAUCUCCAUCUCGUCUUCCGUCAGCAUCAACCUCAUGCAAAGCGACCCUGGCCUUUUGCACCUCUACCAAGACCUCCCUUCUCGCCACACCCCGCUCAUCCAGUCUCGGGUCCAGUCCGCAAGCACCGUGCACAUCUACCACUCUUACGACCGGUGGGAGGAGCUCGAGAAGCUGGUGGACGGGCCGGUCGUCUUUGAGGGGUUCACGUACCAGGAAAUCGCUGAGUAG